UCUUGACCUGCAGCCACACCGCUGGCUCAAACUGAAUUUUUGACAAACUGCAUGAAAUUAGCAAAAUAAUAGUUAAAAUCAGCGAAAAUGGCGCAAAAUGCACCCGCCUGCAGGGACACACAGGAUUUUCAAUUCAAACUGCACGACAAAUUCGUGGCGUUCAAAAAAUGCGGCGAUCCGCGGAGCAAUGUGAAAUUGCUGGCAAUCUCCAGCAGCCGGGGAUUGCUAUUCGGAGGGAAUCCCACGCAGCCGGAACUUAAGGUGAUUAUCGUAAAGGAUCUGGUAAAUGCCAAGAGCACAGGACAACAGCCGCAGGCGCGUUUGGUGCCGCUGCCCAGCAUUCCCAACUACAUCGCCUGCAGCUCCGAUGGCAAUUUACUGGCCGUGAAUCACACCCAGAAUGGCACCAGCCUGCUCAGCAUCUAUGCGGUGCCUUCCUUUAUGACCCCCGAUAUUCGUCCCGUUUAUAACAUCCGCCUGGCUGCCGAGGAUCAUGUGCACGCCGUCCAGUUGCUCUGGAAUCCCGUGCUGCCCAACAGCCUGGCUGUGGUCCUGAGCAAUGGAGCUCUGGGGAUGUAUGCCCUCAAGGAGGGCGGCAACUUUGAGAUGCACUCGCUGGACAAGAAUCAGCAGGUGAAGUGCGGCUGCUGGUCGCCCAAGGGAAAGCAGAUUGUCCUGGGAUUUCCAGGCGGCAAGAUACAGCAAUUCAAGCCGGAUCUAACGCCUGCGAAGACGCUGCUGUGUCCACCCGGCGUCCAUGAUGCCCCCUUCGACACCAUCGCCAUCCAGUGGCUGUCCACCUUCCAGUUUGCGGUGAUCUUCCUGCAGCACGGCGAGGAUUGCAAUCCUUCGCUUUACAUACUAAAUGCCCCGAAGGUUGGGGCACCCAGCUAUGUAAACUACUAUGACAUCUGCUACAGCCUGAAUGGUCCAAGGAACCAUCAGUUCUUGUUCAGCCAUGUGGCGCCUUGGAAUCUGCUCCUCGUGAUCUCCGCCAAUGGCGUGGAGGUGGGCGUCAUGGGCACCGCAGAGACUGGCGACACGCCCACCUGGCAGCAGUUUACCCUUCUAGACGAGGCGCGCAUUGAGUUGCCCUUGAGUGAGAGCACCCAGGAGGAGACCUUCCCUUUGGGCUUCGUCUACGAUACUUCAUCUACACACCAACUGACCAUCAACGAGCAGAAGCUACCGACGAUGCCAAUGGUGCAUGUUCUCGGCUCGGAUGGAGCCCUGCUCUCGUUCAAUUUCCUGAAUAUGCUGCCCACGGCGGUCUCUGUUUGCUCGCCACCUCCUCCGGUGGCAGAUACUUCGGGGCAGUUCCGGCCACUGAAUACGCUGCUUCCCAGUGACGCCGAGGAGGAGCAGCCAGUGGCAACCAGUCCGCCGCCUAAGACGCCUGCGGUCAGCGCUCCCUCGGACAUUUCGUUUGCUUUUACACCGAACACGGUUACUUCAACGCCGGCUCCCUCGAAGGACAAGCCGCCGUCGCUGUUCUCGGGCUUUGGAGCUCCGGCAGUUAAAACUCCUGCCCCACAGCUAUCCUUUGGAGCUGCUCCGACGCCCGCUCCACUCUCGUUUGCUGCUCCGCAGGCUGCUGUGGCCAAGCCACCUUCUGCUUUUGGAGGAUUUGGUGCGACAACAGCGGCUCCUCCAUUGGGUUCCAUGUUCUCGGCACCCGCAACUAAUGCCUAUGUCGGAAUGCCAAUAAGCAAGCCUGCAAGUGCUGCUGUGCUACCACGUAGUUCAGCUCCUGAAACGAGUGCUCCUGCUCCCGCUGCAGUGAACAAACCGCUCUACACUGUUCCGCCGACUUUUACACCGGUGGCCACAAAGGCAGCACCAUCGGCUCCUCCUCCAAGUCUAGAAGCCACCCUCAAGCCAGAUGACACUGAGCCCAUUAUCAAGGACAUGAUUGCCCUGCAAAUCGAGGCCUUUAGCCAGGAUAUUCAAAAGCAGAAGGACCAAACCAAGGAGCUGCUCAAGGGCAUUGUGGCCCCAUCAGCUCUGCGUGUCUAUGCCAAGCGAUUGGACGAUCUACAGGAGCUGAACGAGCAAGCCAAGGAUGUGGAGUUUGAGUUGGAUGUGCAGGGAUUGCGUCAGGGUCUCAAUGAGGCUUAUGCCAUCGUGGCCGAGUGCCGUGGCAAGCUGGAGAUCUACAGGAAACCCGACAUCACUCGUCUGAUGAACUCCAGCUCCUGCGAUCCCGCUGGCCGUCGAAUGCUCGCCCGCCUUCAGAGCUACGUGGCCGCCAAUGAGGCCCAGCUGCGUCUCGCCCAGCAGCACGUGGAUGUCCAGUGGGAGCAGUUCCAGGAUGUCGUGCGGCGCAACUCCAAGUCGCGCAUGCACAUGCCCUGCCUGGAGGGCAUCUACCAGCGGCUGACUAAGCUGCAAAACCUCGCCUCUCAGCAGCGAAUCCAGCAGAACAGCAUCAAGGCCAAGCUCAAGGAACGCGGAUUGCUUCAGGCGGCACUGCUCGACCAGGAGAACAGUCGCACCCGCACCAACGAAGCAGUGGAAACAUUGGCAGAUUCGAUACUUUCAAUGAGUCUCAGCCAGGUGGUGGACUCCAAUGCAGCUAAGCUCACGCAUCAGAGGCUGCAAAAGAUUCGAAAGGUUGUCCAGCUGCAGAAGAUCAAUAUUAUUGGACCGCAGCGACCGGAUCGCGUGGGCCUGAAGUCGGAGGUUAUUUUGGAGACCAAGCGCCGGGCGGAGCAGAUUAAAAAAGCGGCUGCCAAGCCAUCGACGGCCAACAAGUACACCCAAGCAGCAGUGGCUCCGCCUCCUGCACCAGUGGUUGCUCCAAUGCCUUACGUUCCACAACCAGUGGCACCUCAGCUGCCGAAACCCAUGCCAUCAAAACCGGUGGCUAUGGAAAAACCCCAUCCUGUCCCUGUAUCGACGCCUUUCUCCUUCAGCCAGAGCAGCCCAUUUGUGAAGACAUCCACGGUGACUCCUACCACAAAUACCGUGACUCCUGGUGAGGCUGCCAAGCCGGGACUCUCCAUGUUCGGCGGACUAAGUAGCGGUAGUUCCAGCUUCAGUUUUGGCGGCGGUGCUGCCAAGUCUGCGCUCUCGUUUGGAGGAGGAUCGCCUGCAGUGGAAUCAGCUCCAAUACCAAAACCAAUUGAAAAAGAACAGCCUGCUCCAGAGGCAGCUAAGCAGAAAGAGCAAAAGGCAGGACUUGAAAUCAAGCCAGUGAAAGCCGUUCCUGAAGUCACAAAAAUAGCACCGCAAGCCCCUAAAGCAGAGCUCGCUACUAAAUCCAUUGGCUUUGGAGGUUUUACAGGAACUGGCGGAGCUGUGGGAAGUGCCUCCAGCUCUCCGUUUAGCUUUGGUGGAUUGGGAUCAUCACUGGGCUUUGGAGGAGCCGCCCCUGCUGCUCCAAAAUCUGAAGCUCCUAGCAGCACAGUUCCUGUGGCAGCUACUACCACUUCAGCUGCUCCAUUUGGCAUGUUCGCGGCUGCAGCUGCAACUAAACCAAUCACCAGUGAACCCACAGUGACCAGCAGCACCACCACAAUCACCAGCAAGCCAACGCCUGUUAUAGCAUCCACCCCUUCAACUGAUGUUCCUCCUGUAAGCACGGCAAGCAACUCGGAUUCCACUGGCGGUCUUUUCGGCUCUGUCAACAUUUGCAAGCCAAACGCAGCACCAGCAGAUUCCACCAAACCAGCCAAUAUUUUUGGAGGUCUGAAUAGUGGUUCAACCUCUGGCAGCUUUUCGUUUGGCGGCGGAAGCGGCGAUGCCUCGAAGGGAUUAUUUGCCAGCAUUACUCCAGCACAACCAGCGACGACUUCUGCAGCAGCUACAACUGUUUCGGAAACCACAAUUAAAACUGAACCCAUUACAACAACUGCAGCACCCGCUACAACUGUGACUACGACUCCUGCAGCAAGUGCAGCUCCACCAGCAGCAACAACUAGCGCCGCAACAGUGACAUCAUCCAGUAGUGCUGUUCCCGGCAGCGCCUUCUCCUUCUCGAAUGCCUUUAGCAACCUGAGUGCUGGAGUGGCUCCAACUACCGCCGCUACUGCUGCUGCUGCUCCUUUGGCGCCCAGCAGCUCCACCGCAUCCACGGCCAGUAACUCGUCUACUUCAGUUUUUGGCGGUGGCUUUGCAGCAGCAACUUCAACAGCUGCUCCAGUGGCUAAUCCUUUUCAAGCGGCUGCAAAAACUACACCACCGAGUGGCAACAUUUUUGGCAGCAUACCCAAGCCGGAGACCAGUGUUUUUGGAACAGCUACCGCUGCUGCUCCUUCAGCAGCUGCUCCACCCACUGGACUCUUUGCCUCGGCUGCCAUUAGCAAUCCGUCGCCAUUCGGCAGUCCUCCUACUGCAGCACCCGCUUCUGGUGGCAACAUUUUUGGCCAAGCCGCCAAGCCAAAUGUCUUUGGACAACCGGCGCCCGCAGCCGACGGUGGAUCCAUUUUUGGCGGUGCAGCUAGUUCACCCUUCGGUUCGAGCUCCAUUUUCGGCGGAAGUAAUCCACAAAGUCCUGCCCCCGCCGCCGCUGGAGGUGCUUCGAUCUUUGGCCAAAGUGUGUUUGGUCAGUCGGCGGCAGCUUCGCCGGCGGCAGGUGGAAAUAUAUUCGCCAAUCCCGUGGGCACCCCGCAAGCAUCUGCUUUUGGUGGCGGCGGCGGAGGAGGUUCCAUCUUUGGUUCACCUGCACCAGCCGCAGCUUCUCCCGUUUCUGGCGGCUCGAUCUUUGGCGGUGGCGGCAGCAGCUCCGGUGGAUUUGGCUCCUUCUCGCAGACAACACCGGCGCCGGGUGCUUUUGGCGGUGGUUUUGCGCAAGGAGGAGGUGGAUCCGUGGCCCAGUCGGGCUUUGGAUCACCGCAAACGCCGCAGCAACAAGCGGCACCGGGAGGAUUCGGAGCUAAGCCCGUUUUUGGAGGAUCGCCGGCCUUCGGAGCGAGCCCCACCUUUGGCGGAGGAGCAACCUUUGGCAGUCCGAAGGGAUUUGGUGGAUUCGGCGGGGCUACUCCUGUGGCUUCACCUCCUGCGUUUGGUGCUGCUCCUAAGCCGACGCAAGGAAACAUCUUUGAAACCCUGGGUGGCCAGGAGUCAGGCCUCUCCUUCGGAAAUCUGGCACAGACAGGAAACUCCAAUACCCAGAAACCCGCCUUUGGAGGAUCGAGUUUUAUGAAUUAUCGUUGAGUUAUUCAUGUAAAUGUUAUGUAAACUCAAUAUUUUGUUCGUUCAGUUUUAGAGCUUAUAUAAGAUUACUACUUAAAAUAUAUAGCAUCAGUAAAAUUCACGGAAA